GGAUAUCUAAUAUUUGUUUCUUAAAAAAAUGUUGUUUUUAACUGCGUUAAAGUUUAUGAUUUUGUGAUCUGAUUUUGAAUCGUGUGGGCCAAUUAAUUUUUCAACAUGGACAGCCAGAAAUUUGCGAUUGCCGAGUUUGAUCCGCCACUGGCAACCGUUCGAGACGCCAAAUCCCUCAGCUUUUCCUACAAUUUAGACUUGAUUGCGGUCCUCAGCAAGGGAAAUGAAGGGAUUGUGUUUCCAUAUUGCCAUACCAACAGUCAGAAUCGCGCUGACGUAAUCUGGAAAUUAUCCAAACCCAUAAGCGACCUGGCUUUUUCUGAAGACAGCUCUGGAGAGUUGGUGGCUGUCCUCAAGGAUGGAGAUGUCCAAAUUUUCUCUUUCCAAAACAAAAAGAGAGCUGUCAUUCUCACAUCUAAAAAUUUAAGACAGGCUAAAUUUUUAGAUUUCUCUGCAGAGAAACCAACUCUGGAUGCGAAGGUCUUGAAAUUUUCCAGACAUCAAAUUAUUUUAUCCUGUCCUCCAUUCGGCACUGUUGUGUCUGUUGAGUGGAAUGAAAAUGGGAUUUGGGUCAAAGAUUUCAUCAUUUCCACAAAGAGAACAUUAAUUGACUCCAAAAUUUACGGCCAAAAAAUUUAUUUGCUGUCGGACCAAGGCAUUCUAGACAUUUAUGAUGCAAACACUGGGCAAGAAGUGAAUUGCAACAUUAAUUUGUCGCAGUUCUUGAAAGAUGCAGCUUGUCUAAUCAAGCUGGCAGUGACUUCAGAGAGCGUGGCUGUGACUGACUUAAACCAUGAGAUAUUUUUCAUCAGCAUGCAGCAGUUGCUCAUUAGAGACAAAGAAUCCUCAAGUGAAGUCAAGAUUGCCGCGCUAGAGAGCUGCUGCUUGGAGGCCAUCAGUUUCUGCUCAAGCGGUCUCGCAGUUUGGUACUCGCACCAGGCUGGUGGAGGAAUAUUUCGCGUUUACGAUCCCAGCUCUGGACGUUGUCUUAAUGAAGAAUUCCUGGUGGAAGACUCCAAAGUUUGCAUGCUUGGAUAUUUGGACUGCGCCGAUGUCUUCUUCUCCCCUUGCCACAUCAGACUGAAUUUGCAUGGUGUGCAGAAGAAAGAUUUGGCUCACAUGGUUCUGGAGCGAGUUGGUCACUCCUGCUUGAUCAGUAUGCUCCAGGGCGAUGGUUGGCAAGACAUAGACGUUGCACUGCCAGUUUUGACUGAGGGUUUGACUUCUCGACAGAUUGAAGUUGUCAGAUUUGCACUGAAACUGCACAAUUUAGGAUUUCCAAAGCACCUAAAACCCAUGUCAACUGCGAAUAAUCUCACAAUCCUGUGUGCCAACCUGGAACAAUUGCUGCAAACACUCGUGUCUAGCAUUGAGGACAAUGUCUCGAGCUUUGAUUAUGCUGAAAGUCUGCUCACGCUGAGUCUCAACCACUUUUACAACCUCCUUGGCAGCAUUUACAAGAUUUUAGACAGUAACGCUAAAGGAGCGGACUCAGACUUGCUUUCCUCACUUGAGAAAAAUGUCAUGAAGAGUGUCGUCUUGUUGCGAUCGUUUCUCUAUCACCCUCCUAAGCUCCAAUCUAAAGCAGAAAGCAGCAAACCCGUGCCUAAGGAGCUUCAGGAAUUGAGUCCACAGAUGCAAGAGAUUUGGAAUGAGUGGAAUGAAUUACCUGAAGCUGAGAUUAUCAAGCAGGCAGUUGAGAAAAAUUGCAUUCCCAUUGCAAACACGUACUUUGCUAAAGCAAAGAGGCAGCCCCAGAAAAGCUUUCAGUCCCUGUAUGACAGGGUUACAAAUGAUUGGGUCAUGGAACUUCUAAAAUCUGGAAAAGUGGAUCAAGCUGAGACAAUUCUAACCAAGAUGGGUAAAGUGCCACUGAUUGAGCUAAAAAGACACUUUCUUGACACCUUUGAUGACAAGCUGCAGGAAAUUUUGUUUCUGCAUCUUUCUAACUUGGAAUCUCUGUCACACGAGGAAUUGAGUGCUGCAAAGUUUUUGAGGGAUGUGAAGCAGAUCCUGUACAAGUAUUUGGUGCCAAGAAGUGACUUGAGAGAUGAUUAUGUGAGAGUUUCGCUUGGUUUUGUGAUUGCCCAGUCAGAAUUAUGGCGAAAGAUAGUAUUGGCUGAACUGUUUUUCUGCUGCCAAGAAUCCGAAUUCAUAACACGAAUUGAGCCAGAGGCCACCUGGAAUUACCUAUUGACCAUCAACCAGCCAGACCUUCUAAACCUUUGGGUUGACCUGUGUUUUGGUUCAUCUCCCCCUGAAAACUUGGCAGAAGCAAUUCAAGCCAAACUUGACUGCAAGUCAAAUUUUCCCGACACGCUGCUGUCCCUUUUCAAAAAGUGGACGGUCAAUCUGGAAAUGGUUGAAAGGGUCACGACAGCAGACUGCUUGACUUCUACUAAGGAUCUGGUGUUGGACCACUUGAGUUCGCUUGGAAUUUUCUGCUCGGUGGACAAGAUCUCCAUCAGCUCCAUCCUCACGCGAUUUGUUCGAAGCAAGAACCUGGCAAACGUGAGGACGGUGCUUGAGCUGCCCACGUCGACUGUUUCGUGGAAAGCGUUCUCAAAAAUGCUCAUCAAAUUCAGCGCCCACUACAAAAUCGCACCUCUGAUGUUCUCUUUUGUUACUGAAGACAAGGAUCUGUGGGAAACCAUUGAAAGCUGUGAUCUACCAGAAACUUCCUUGAUCUGGCUGCAAGCUUGGUAUUCCAUGGUUCAACUAUCGACUGAUUACACCACUGAAAACUUUAUCAAGGCCAUUGAAAAGAAUUUAGAGCUGUUGGCCCCUGGGGAUGUUCAGAAGUACUUGGAAGAACAGCCAAUGAUUGCCAUGGCGCUGAUUUUGCUGAAAAAUAAACACAAUUUUCAAGAAAUUUUGACCGGUUUGUGCGCAGACCUGAAGGCGCCUCUCACGCAGGAAGUUGUUGAUUCUGUCAAAAGAAGCUUUCCAGUUUUGGAGAUGAUUUUGACAGAGGAAACUUGGAACGAGUGUCAAAAACCGGAUGUGACGCUUUAUGAGCUUCUGGAGCGUGGAUCUGCUUUUGAUGUACCAAAGCUUUUCGACUGGCAAGACAGUAACAGAAGGUCUGAUGAUGAGACUCCCUCAAAAAUGCCCAGCUUUUCAAAAGGAAGUCCCUAUGAGAAGUAUGCAAACAACCAAUUCAUCAACUACGAAUACUACAUCAAGCAGGGCCGACCUUCAUUCGCAUACUGCUCUUUCAUCGUUGAGGAGUUCCGGCAAUUUAAAAAGCUCAGCAAAGCAAGGAUCAAGCAGGCGUGCAAUGUGGCCCAUGGAAUUGCACUGGGCCAAUUUUGUUGCCAGUCAAUCGCAGCAGCAUGUAUAAGUUUCAUUGAAAUGCUCGGACUGUCUUCAGAAAAAGCAAGACUGCACGUUACCACUGGCGCAACGAUUUUGAAGAAUAUGCCUACUGCACAUUCAAAGGAAUCGAUUGGAGAGCUGAUGAACAACUUGCUGGUUAAUAGAGAGGAGGCUGCUUCAAAAUUAUUAGACCUCUUGGAAACAUCACUGGUCCCUAAUGAUCUGAACCAAAUCAACACGUUCAUUCCAAUUAAAAAUUGGGCAGUGGCUGUUCGGCUCUCCAAAGUUCACAAUUUGCCAAUGCCAGAGUCGCUUCUCAAGUUUUACUGCCAAUCAGGCAUGUGGCUGCACUUCGUAAUUUGCCUUGAUCUUUAUCAGUACUCCGUUGAGCAGGCCUUCCACCUUGUUGAGCUGAUUGAGUCAGAAAGCACAAGAAACCAUCUAAAGCACUCCUUUCUUCGAACAUCUCAAAGUCCAGUAUCAAAAUUCGUGUCACCAUUACAGCCUAGAGACAUCAGGAUGUCGCUGUACUCAAAAAUUGGUGUAACUGAGAAGAUCAUUCAGCCGUCAUCAAGCAACAGCUCUGCAGAUGGAUCGUCGCUCUUGGCCAUCAGUUGGAGCAGCGAGAACUCGCUUGUUGGUGACAUUGCAGCCACCUCACAAUCAGUCGCCCUUCCUGACUUUGAAAACGAUCUUUUCCGCUGCAUUUUGGCAUGCCAUUCUUACAUCAGUCCACCCCACGCUUUUCUCGAGGCCUGUCUGUACCACAACAAUCCCUUUCUGGCUGUCUUGGCCUCCUGUUACGAGAGUUGCUCUCUAGUUGACUGCCUUGGGGUUUGGAUCGUCUCGUCCCUGUCCAAACAAGGAAAAGAAAUUGUCGCGCAAGAAAUUGGUGGCAGUUUAUCUGUUUGGAAUGAAAACAGCAUUCCACUCUUGUUCCUCUCGGCACUAAGGACUAAUCAUGUUGUAACCCUUGCUAUUAGUCUGGAUGUUUUUCUACCAGAGUGCCCUUUGAGAGUGUUGGUCAAAUUUAUCAAAAACUGCGUGGUUGACAAGUGCUUUGACGAGGCUGUCGACUUGAUUCAGAUCUUCAAAGCCCAGUGCCAAGACCUGCCAGUGGCUGUGUCUGAAGACACUCCUCACGCUUUUCUGAUGCAGAGGACUUGGGUCUACAGAACUUCAGUAAAAAUCGUAUGCACUGCAUUGGCGAACAACUUUUCCUCCUCCUACAACCAAUAUAAAUUCCUUCAGGCCUUGUGCAAAAGUUCCUUCACAGAAUACAUCACAGUUGAGUGCCCUGAUUUUACGCACCUGCUGCAACUUCAGAAGUGUCUCUUGCAAACCGGCGUCACGAUUGACUACACUACUCUCUGUGUGGCAAGAAGAGGCUCAGAAAAUGAACUGCAGGCUUGUCUUCAAAGACUGGUUGAUGGCAGCUUUUUCACGCAAGCUUUGGAAAUGGCCCGGAUAGCAGGGCUCCCAAAAGAACCUGUUGUUAUAGCUCAGUGGAAAAAGGCGAUCAAUGAGAUAAACAGCACGGAGGAAAAUAUUAAAAUCUGGAAGGAAUGCCAACUCGCGUUUGUUGAGGCUAAAAUUCAGCCUCUUGUUGCUGCUGAGUUUUUCCAUGAGCACGUUGAAUCCAGAAAAAGCUUGAUAGAGAAAUAUCAAGUUCUGCAGUUCGCUCAUAGUUGGUACAGCCUGUCGAAGCAGAUGAGCGUGAGGAAGAGACAGGACUGCUACAUCACCAAGGCCAUCGAAGUUGAGCUGGAAAUGUGGCGCACAAGACUGAAGAUUGAUGGAGAAUGCGAUGUUGAUGCUCCUUUGAAGCCAAAGUUGUUCUGCAAAACUAGAAAGGAGCUCUUUGCUGAAGCUGGCGUUGGGUAUAUAGAUCUGGAAACCAAGCUGGAGGAUGAAAACGAGAUCAAAGCCCUGGAUGCGGUAAUAGGAGAGCUCCUGGACCAGGGACGAGUUGCGUCUGCUUUGCGUUUGGAAGCGCUCUUCUGUCACAAGAAUAAGGACCUUGGGCUGCUUGUAACUUGUCUCAGUUUGGCUGAGAGUGAAAUUAUGCCGUACCAGCUAAGCUCAGAGCAGCGAAUGAUGAUGGAACAGUCGUACGCAUCUUCCAGUAGUUUCCGAAGACGGCCGCUUUACUCCUUGCGAGUUUCCUCGUUGGCGUCCAUGUCUCUCAGUACGGCUGGACAGAGCUCCAAUGGCUCAGAGUUUGUGGAAAGUCCUCCCAAAGAAAAGCAAGAGGUUCUGAAUGCAAUUGAAAAGCUCACGCUGCGGUUGCAACAUGGCAAAGCCAUUGGAGAGAGAAUUGCAGCGUGCUACAGGGUGUCAAUGAAUAUUGACAAACCUUACAUUGACAUAAUCACCGUGGAGGACACUGUAAGCUACAUGCGAGCUGAAAUAUCAAAAGACUGCCCUAAUAAAUUUGCGUUGGCGUCAGACCUUUCAAUGGCUGGGCAAAUCUCUAAAGAAGAUAUGGCCGCUUUUCUGAAGGAUGAAAUUUUGGCUGCUGUUUCUAACAAGAGUCCUGUUCAAGGAGGAAUAUUCUGGGGUUACGAGUUGGACAGCAGCUUUCAUUUAGUGCUUGAACUUUCUCCCGAUCCAGUCUUGUUAGGAAAGCAGCUGUUGGCAGCUACAAGAGAUUUGCGUGACUCGUCCCCUUCAGCAAACAUAAAAAAGACUCAUGGUAUUAUGGUCGAGUUGCUGAUUCGCGCUCAUGACUGUUUCACGGCGGCUUGCGAUAUGGAGGGAAUUGAGGAGGUCCUUUUGAAAACUAGGUCAUUCAACUCGCAUCUUCUGCAGCACCAGGAGUGGCAGUUGAUGGUUCGCCUCGUGACUGGAAUCAGGAGAUACAAUGACAUGGUUUACAUAUUUCAAAUUCUGAAGGAAAACGACCAGUUUGAAUGCCUCUUGGGCAAGGGAAUGGAUAAGGUUCCUGGCUUGCAAACGGCUCUGAUCGAUUUUGUGCGGAGCAAAUGCGGCGAGAACCGCGACCUCCUGCAAAUCGUGGCCCUGCACUUCCGGCUCUACACUGAAGUGGCUGAGAUUUGGGAGGCUGAGGCGAAGGACACGAUCGGUCGGUUGCUCAGCAUGACGGCCGUCGAGUUGGGCAUCGCGAUUACUGCGACCAAGUAUAAGCCCAAGCCGAAGCAGCCGACGCCGGAGGUACUAAAGGGGAGCACUGACCUCGGCUUACACCUCAAGUCGGCCAUGCAGAGCUACACACACGCAGCAGAGUACUAUCUGCAGGCGAACAAGCUGUCCAAGGCCAUGGAGUGUGCCAGCCAGGCUGAACUGAUUGCCCUGCAGAUCUCUUUCACCAUCGGCGUCGCCAAUGGACACACGCUCGACUGCCUGCUUGGACAGGAGCAAGCGCAGGUGUCCAUCCUUGUGAUGAAUCGACUCACAUUCCCUCAAGCUGUGAUCGUUGCGAAAGCGUACAGCCACCCCGUUGAUUGGGGUUCAACCCUUUAUCACCAUUGUGUCUUGAAGAAAGAGCAGCAAUACCUGACAGAUUUUAUGAAGGCCAUGACCCUGACCCCCGCCCUUGUUGAAGAUAUUUCCAAAAGGUUUCAAAACGAAUCAAGCAUAAAUUCCGACAUGGCCAAAAUGAUGAAGCAAAUUGUCAACAAUGUAAAGUCAGUCGAGGUGAAGUACCGCGUCGCAAGCCAAUUGGGAUUUAAAGACAUCCUGGAAAACAUGAUAUCAGGAGCGGAUCUGCCCUAUUUGAGAGACACUGUGUGGAGAAGAGGCACGAAACACUAUUAACCACUAGUCUGAUGAAUAUGAAAUUAUAUUUUAUAAUAAAAUCUUGUUGUUAUCCGUA